CAUCCUUGCCGUAAAAAGGUGCCUGCAGUUUUCGCGAGUAUUUCUUUGAGUCGAACAGUCGUUUCUUCCGAAAGUGUAUCGUGUUUCGUAUAGAUUACGUAGAUUCCACACAGACGGAAAGAUUCCUAACCUUGGUGUAUAACUGUUUGUGUACCAUCACAUAUUGGGAUUAUCACGGCGUAGUGCAACAGGCAGACGUACAUAGUGCGAUACACAUAAUAGGAAGUAUUCCGUGUCUAAAUGCUGCACGGUUUGCGGCGUUAUUAACGUUGACCGAGGUACAAAAGAACGUGUCAAGAUUGAGCAAGUCGUUGUUCCGUCCGGCGGUGAUCUCGCCAAAAUUUGGAGGAUGCUGAUGCCGGGUGCCGCGGGUCUCGGUGUGGGCGCAGUUGGCGCUGUGGGUACUGUGAGUGCCCCAGCGCCCGAUGAAUUGGUACAAGGAUUGGGUGCCCUUGCCGGCACCACACCACAGCAAAAGGACACUACAUGGACAAAGCUAUUCGUCGGUGGCUUGCCCUACCACACCACCGAUAAGAGUCUUAGGGAACAUUUUAACGUUUACGGAGAUAUCGAGGAGGCGGUCGUCAUCACGGACAGACAGACCGGUAAAAGCAGGGGUUAUGGCUUUGUAAUUAUGGGAGACAGACCGGCGGCGGAAAGGGCAUGCAAAGAUCCCAAUCCCAUUAUUGAUGGUCGCAAAGCAAACGUCAAUUUAGCCAUUCUCGGAGCUAAGCCCAGAGGUAACUUGCAAACGACAUUCCCGUUCGCUGCAGGUAUCCGGGCUGGCUACCCAGCAGUACUUCCCGGACAAUAUGGGGUACCACCGGGCUACGUGUACCAAUCGCCCUACCUGGCGGCUGCGGCGCCAGGUGGUCUGGUACCGCUUCCAACGACGCAGUUGAGCCACGCAGCCGCCGUCGCCGCGGCAUCGCAGUUCUACGAGUAUCAGAACGCGGCAGCAGCCGCCGCGACUUACCCGGGCACUUCGUACAACUUCGCCGAGGCAUAUCCGUACACCACCGCGGCCGCGGCUGGUACGUGUUUGAAUAGUGUCCAGAGCAAGGGUAGCAACUAUCCGAUACACCACCACCAACACCACCAGCAGCAACAACAAAACGGACCCGGUGCGACGUUGGCGCAUCAGCAACGGUUGGAGAAAGCUCUCCUACCGCAAUUUCUGCCGUCCGUGCUGCGUGAUUACGCUAAUGCGGCCGCAGCGGGUUAUGUGGCACCGUACACGUAUGCGACUUUGCCAGGUGCUGCAGGACUGCCAGCAGCGGCAGCGGCGGCGGCAACAGCAGCUGGAGCAGCUUUCCCGGGCUUACCGUAUCAGACAACACCUCAGGAGGCCAGAUUGCAAUAAAGCUUUAACAUUAGACCGCCCGAGAUAGUUGCAGCUAAGCCUUCUACGAGACAGAAACGGGCGACAGAGCUGCACGAAACAUUCGAUCCUCGAUUGCUGUCUUCGGGGAUUAGCUCAUCAUCUUCCUCGUUAUUAGUUAUUUUUCAAGAUUUCUAUAUGUUCCUGAUCAUAUCUCGCGAAUGUAUCGAAAUACAACCCGCGAGAGCCGCAAGAGGCGAAGAGAAUGAGUUUUGACAAACCCGUCAAAAUUUGCGACCCGCAACAUCUCGCUAACGAUCUGUUACUCUUCCCUUUUCGCCUCCCCGAUCUAAUCUUCCUCUCCUUUCUCCCAUAGAGCCGAUACUGGAGCGCUCGACCAACAUAUCGCGAAAUUUUAGAAAAGACGCAACAAUUUUUAGAGUUACAAUUAUAAUUAUUUAUAUAAUGAACUGCUAAUGUUCGCUCGUUCGGGAAAGCGAUCCUCGACGUGCGAGUGAUUCGGAACUUGAGAGCCGAAAAAGAGGCUUAUGAAUGUAUUUUGAUCCAUAUUAAAAAGCUAUGUGCGCGAAUCUUAUUAGCUUUCAAACAUAACGCUAUUCUGAUAUUAGAUUUGUAUUUCAAAAUAUUACAAC